CUUAUUCGCUUCGCAACAUUUUCCGCAUUUGGAGACGCAGGUGACCCAAAAACUGUUGAAACGAAAAAGGACGAUUCUGGGCAGACAGCAGACAAAAAAGCUUUUGAUGAUGACGUCAUUGAAGAUUUUUCUGCAUCUGUGUUGCCGGACAGUGGAGCUGGAGGGGAACCAGCCAGGGACCCUAAGCAGUACUGUGAACACAUUCAGAGUGAGGUCAAGAAGGCCAGACAGCGUGCGACAGAGAAAAAGCUCACUGAGAAUCUGACAGCUGAAGACAUAGAGAGGGAGAGAGAAGUCAAGCGCAAACAGAUUGAAGACAUCUUCAAGUUGAUGGAGCAGCAUGGUGACAAGUUUGGCAAUUCUACACAAGACGAUCUUCAACAGCAGAUGAGGCUUUAUCUGUAACUUUUUCAUCAAUGAUAUUUAGUACCAGCCAAGCUAGAAAGCUCACAUCUGCCUGUCAUAAGGAAUUAUAUAUAUCCUGUAUUUUUGUGUAUCAACACUUGAUUGGCCAGGCAUCUAAUGCAAUGGCAUAUGAGCCACCAUUUGCGAAAAGGAUUCUUAUGCCAUAUUUGGCCAUCGUAGCUUCAGACCAGCGUAUGCAAAUUGCGCAGUUUGUUCUGGAGCUACACUUUCCAUUGUAAAGUCACGCUAUAUUUUGUGGUUUAAUUAGCAGACUGGGUAGCUCCUGACCAGACUGUGAAGAUACGCAGAAGAAAUGCUAGCCGCAUAUUGACAUUAGACCAAUUUUCGCAUGGCAAGGCUCAUAUUUGAGGUUCAGAUUACUAAUGUGGGCUUUAUGCCUGGGCAAAUGAUCAAACAAAAUUUUCAUAAAUCAGAAUAAACAUUUCAUCUCGCAAAUAAACAUGUGAAAUUACCGCAUACACAAAUAAAUGAAACCUAUAUUAUAGAAUUAUAUUUUUCAGAUGUCAGGGACUGAGUUUUUAAAAAUCCCUUUUUUUUAGCUUAAUCUGAAAGGUUUUAACUGUUUUCAAACUUCCCUUUUAUUAAAUUGAACAUUUUUUUGUCUCCAAAUUUCAUGUGUGCAUUUACCAAACUAAUCUGGAAGAUUUGCAUCUCUGUAAAGAAGAACCUUCAUUACUCUGCAUUGUUGGAAAUAACAAGUUGUUCUAAGCCAUAUUUAAAUAUAUAUUUGUGUUAAUAUUUUGUGUUGCCACAUAUGAUAGCAAUUUAUGACCGACAACUUCACAAUUAAUCAUAUAAACAAGUAAUAAUUAGGCGUCAGACUGAGAAACAUUUUCACACUUGAGAUAAAUUUUAACAUACCAUGACACAAUCAUGUUUAUAAUAUAUGAAAUGUAAAAAAACAAAAACAUAUCAACUGAUGGGGUGAGUGAAUAAAUCUAGUCCUACAUAUGCAUCAUGCCAUUACAGAGGGUGGGGAAGCAUUGUAUUUUCAAAGUUAUGGGGAUGGUGUCUUAUUUUUUUCAUUGUAGUGCCAAUUAUGUACUAUGUAUGUUAACUAUUUUCGUGUUUAACGUUUCUAUGAAGAGUUUUAAACUCUUGUGACAAUUAAAUGGCCUAUUAUAUGUGUUACAGUCUUUACAAAGGCAUUUCCAUAACAACAAAAAUGAUGGACAGCAUCAAGGCUAAAAAGUCUUUAAAGAAACACUUAACAACAGUCGUGUCAUUGCUUAAUUUGAAAUUCCGAUUACCUUAAGCAGAUGACCAAUUUUUGUUUCGAAGGAAUGUUGUUUUGCCAAAUCUAAUCCAGCAAAAUUAAGGUAAACAUGUUAUAUGGCUCAUGAUCAUCAUGUCAUCAAAUUGUUGUUUCGUUAUGUUGUUCAUUGUUUGUACAAGUUGGUGUAAUUUUCAUAACUUUGGUUGUUUUGUAUUUUCGUUGUCUACGUAAUUGCCUAGAUUGUAUGAGCCAAGGAAAUAUGGGCUAAAUGCAUGUGCAUAAAAUGUCAUCCCAGAAUAGCCUAUGCAGUCUGCACAGGCUAACAAGGAACAAUAGUCUCAGACUAAACAUGACUUGCCGACUGCACAGGCUAAUCUGGAACUACACGUUGAACACAUGCAGUAAGUCCAGUUUUCCCAGAACGAGGCUAGCUUACAAUUCAAUAUACAAUGAGUUUAGUGACUAUAGUUAUGAAGAAGCGUUGCUCUGUGUUUGGGACCAUAGAUAAAAUUGAAUUGCAUGAUGACAUGCAUAAAAAUCAUUUGUUUGGAAGGCCUUCUGAAAUGUUGUAUUUAUAUGUAGUUCACUUAACAAGUUGUUGUUAACAGAUCUGUUAAAUAUUUCAUUGUUGAAUAAACGUGUUCUGUUCAGUGUA